CCCUCCGUCCCUCCCCUAAGCCCUCUCCUCCGCCUCCCGCACUUCCUCUUCUUCUUCUUCCUCUUCUUCCUCUUCUCCUCGAGUGUUCGGGAUGUCGGGGUAGCGGGGCAGAGGAAGGCCGCGGGGACAUUGACACUCCUGGGCGCCGUUCCGAACACCUCGUUCACGUGUGCAGGUCGAACGGCAGGUUACUACGCCGACCCGGAUACAGGAUGCCAGGUGUACCACAUGUGCGACACGCUGGAGAAGCAAUAUUCGUACCUGUGUCCCAACUACACCCUCUUCAACCAGAAGUUCAUGGUGUGUGACCACUGGUACAUGGUCAACUGUUCCUCGGCAACCACCUUCUACGACCUCAACGACCAUAUUGGCGAGGUUCCAGACAAGACGGACGGCCAAGGCGCCGGAGCCAACGCGAUCCACGACGGCGGUGAAGGUUCUCCCGAGAAGGACUCUCCGAGGAAGGAGCCGAAGCCCUCACCUGCGGCAGUCGUUUCCAAAGCCCCCGGGACAUCUCCCACGAAAUUGGCGUUCCCGACCACCGUCAGCUUCAAUCAGCAGCGGACUUCGCCGAGACCACCACCCAGCACGAGUCCAGCUCCUGCCGCUGUGUCCCCUCCUCGGAACCUCACGGCGUCCUCGGGGCCCUCACCUGCGUCGGAAAUCUUCAAGGGCCCUCGGCUGCCGACGAAGCUCGAUUCUCGCGUCGACAUCCCCUUCCUUCAGACGACGCUGACGGCACCCCCCACCCCGAUGGUCCCUGCCUUCGUGGCGCGCGACCCCGUCAGCAAGUUUAGCUUCACCAGCAACAGAGAAGAAGACUCGUCCUUCGACCCCAUAGAGCUGCAAGACAUCGUUUUUCGGCCGCUGGUUGUUCGGCCGAAAAACAGGAUCAUUUCGACCGACUUGGUUCCGCCGCCGAUGCUGAAGCCUUUGCUCGCCACCGCCAGCCCCCUCGACCAGCAGGCUCGGCAGUCAACUCCAGCUGAUUUUGCGUCUUCCCUGAACUCCACGGCGUCUGGAGGAUUCCGAUCGCCUUUCACUCGUUUGCAGCCUCCGAGAAGAGGCUCAGAGGUCACCCUAAAGCCCCGGGGAAGCGGCUCACCCGUCUCCUUCACUCCCCCCCGAAUAGGAGCGCCAGUGAUCCCUGCCAUAGGCUCGCCCGCCAUUCCCCCGAGUGUCCUCCUGGAACCCCCUCCGGUUUUCCCGAUCCGCUUCGACUUCGGGACGGUGCCUCCUCCCCCGCGCGGCCAGAGACUGCACGCUCAGCCUCCGCCCGCUCCCAGGAUGAAGCAGGAGGCCCCGACGCCGCUAGCCUCGCGCACGGGUCUCCUCCGGCCUUUACACACAUCCAGCGUGGAAUCCAUGCACUUCUCUUCGGCUCGCGGCAACCGGGACUUCUUCAUCCCUUCCGAGGGCUUGACUCUGCCGGCGGAGGACCUGUCCAUCGUGAGCGAGAACAGCCUGGGCGACCCGCAUCACCACCACGCACACGACCACGAUCACGACCACAUGACGAUGGUGUUCCCCGUUGAUCCCAAUGAGGAGUUUGCGGCGCUCAAGCUGAAUCCUGAAUGCCCCAGGUGCCACCCUGCCUUCCUGAAGCCAGGCCAGUGCACGCCCUGCGUCCUCAUCAGAUAGAGAUGGAUUUAGUCAUUGCCGUAAAGAGAAGUAGUCUAACCUAAAACGUUGAGCGAUUGAAGGGGGAGGGAGAUAUAUUUGUAACUAUUUAAUAUUCACGUAAAAAAAACACUGAGAAUUCUAUGCGGAGAUGAGGGACAUAAGUUCAUGUUUGCAUUUUUUAAAAACCUUUCAACUUUUUAAAAAUAUAUUAAAAUAGAACUAAAAACUCAACAAGACUGUUUCCCUGCGUGGUUUAGACGUAAUUUGACAACUUGCAUUUUAUAUAAUACCCAAAGAAAAAGAAACCAAUAGAAAAAAAACUGAUCCCUGCCUGCCUAGGAAUAUUUUUGUAGCUACCGUACCCUAGCCGUUGCACGUACUAUAGUCAUUAGAAUAUCGCAGUCUGUCUAAAAACAUAAUUGAGAACGCGCCGUCUCUCAUCAUAGAAAACGUGGAAGACUGUAUUUUUCCAGAACAAAUAUCUGCAUUUAGGCCUUUUACAUAUAAUUAGAUGGAAGUACAAUAAACGCCAUACAUUUCUUUGCAUUUGCGGAAGCUAUAAGGCUAAAUAAUUAAUUAUCAUAAAUAUUAGAAGGGUAGACACGACAUAGCAAAUGCAACAACCAUACCACAGUACCAGAAAUAAUUUAUUACUGAAUUAUGCAAGGAUAGGCAUGUGAAGUUUAGAAUCUACAAAGAAAUCUGAUCUGCAAAACCUGGCGCUUUGUUGAAUUAUAUUAUUUUCGUAUUAAUUAACAUGCUUUUGCUAGUUUUACUUCCUAUAUUGUUUGAAUUGGGUGUAAUGCUAAAAAUAUAUAUUCGACAACGCUUACUAAAAUAGGUGAAUUUGUAAAGCCUAUUCAGUAAUUAAGCAGCAGUAACAGGCAGUAACACAAGCUACGCUACAGACCAUUAGUAUGAACAAAAUGUAGUAUCAUAGACUGUACUAGAUCAUUACAGGAAGUGUGCAAAUGUAAUUCUCAUUCUCACAAGUACAAUAAGUACCUGGAACGAUGCAUUUAUAUCUAUUUACUGAAUACCGUGUUAAUCUUUCCAUACAAAUAAAGUUCGAGAUACAAGUCUAUGGAUAACAGAAUCACAAAAUUUACCAGAGCCAAAAGCCGGUCAAGAAAUGAAAGGUUUUCAGUCAACUAAUAACCAUCGAUGUGUCUUAUUUUUCAAGUGUAUUUUCGUCCAAUGCUCCAUUUUCUUGCAUACGUGGCCAGAGUUGGAUAAAUAUUUGGUGUAUGUGUAAGGGUAUCAAUAACUUCGGAAAUUCUCCCACACAUGGAAUGAAGAGAGUAUUGCUUAUAAAUGGACAGUGUUCUAAGUGUGAUUACAUACCUCAUGUAGGAUUUUGAUGUCAUAAUUAUGAAAAUGCGACAUUAGAUGAAGUAUACAAUGGAAAAG